CAUUCCACUAGUAUCGACCUAACACUAGUUCACUACAGUACACUACACAGGCAAAAUGUCUAUCAUCCCGCAUUUCUUCGACUACGCCGGGCCGAAAUGGCCGAGGAGGCUCCUGGACCAGAACUUCGGACUGGCCUUAACACCAGAAGACGUCAUGUCAGCUGUCACCAGCCCAGUCUUCCCUCGCCUCAGCCCCUGGUGGCCAGAAGUAGCACAAGGCGUGGGAUCUACAAUCAAAGCUGAUAAAGACAAGUGGCAAAUCAACGUUGACGUUCAGCAUUUCUCUCCAGAUGAAGUCGUUGUUAAAAUAGUGGAUGGGUUCAUCGUAGUUGAGGGUAAACAUGAAGAAAAGAAAGAUGAGCAUGGCUACAUAUCCAGGCAGUUCACGAGGAAGUUCAAGCUUCCAGAAGAUAGUAACCCAGAUGCAGUGGAGUCCAGAUUGUCUUCGGAUGGCGUGUUGACUGUCGUCGCACCCAGGAAAGCGGAUUCAGUGAAAGGGGAACGUUCUGUUCCCAUAACCCAAACGGGACCUAUCAGGAAGUUAGUGGACGAAGCUAAGCCAGAAGUGAAGUGAAUUUGAAGAUGCAGCGUACAGUCACCAACUACAGUCAUUAUUUUAUAAGAGCUAAGGUAUUCAAAGUGAUAAAACUAGACUGUUAUCAUUCAAUAACAGUCUGAUUAUGUGUAAAUUCUAAAGACUGCUAACUUAAGUUUUAAGUGAAAAUAAUAAAUACUUUUCGUAUAAUA